UCGUCAUUAGUCGACAAAUAGCAGCGACCCGUAGGUUGAGAAACGCUUCUAUAAGCGUUGCAGUGCCGUGUGCCACCGCCGAUCGGAGUUAUCGACGACUGUGCAUUAUUUUAAAGAACUGUUUUGUUGUGAACCGAACAGAAUAAUAGUCGCGCGUCAAGACGUCAGAGCCAGUCAUCGAGAAUCGAAGAGUUGCGUCCCGGCAGUACACACGUUCGAACGUGCGAUCCGCGCACGCGCGCUUACACUGAAUAAUAAUAAUAAUAUUAUACAUUCAUAAUAUUCCGUCGCCGUCAUUAUUAUUAUUAUUAUUAUUAUUACAAUGAGCGGUGACGAUCGACGGCAGUCGUCGUGCUGCAGGCGAGUCGUAUUCGACCGGGUGCUCGGCAAAGGGACGUUCAGCACCGUGUACAAGGCUCUGGUUGAACCGGACGGCGUGCGCAUAGCUCUGAAAAUCGUACACCUGCAGGACAUAACUGCGGACCACAAGACCUUGCUGGAUUGCCUGAACGAAAUAAACAACCUUAAGAAAUUGAAUCAUCCAAAUAUCAUACGAUGCUUAUGGUGGGAUUAUGUGGAUUCCGAAUUAAAAAUUGGACUGGAACUAGCUACCGGUGGAGAUUUGAGACGGAUUAUUCGUGAGCAUUACGACAAUUUUUGUCUAAUUGAUGAACCAAUAAUCUGGUCUUGUGCUGUUCAAUUGUCUAGUGCUCUUUAUCACAUGUACGAAUCGAGAAUUAUGCACAGAGACAUCAAGCCAGCCAAUAUUUUCGUUUACGGAUUGGAUGAGGAAAAGCAUUCAAUGUACGAACGUUGGAAAAGAGUGAAGAUCAAGUUGGGUGACUUUGGGUUCAGCAAAGUCAUUACGGACGGUCAGGAUAUGAUGUGUCGGUCUGUGUUGGGAUCUCCGCUUUAUAUGAGUCCCGAAAGAAUGUUACACCAGAAGUAUUACUUCGACAGCGACAUAUGGUCAAUGGCUUGCGUUAUAUACGAGUUAGUAGCUCUUCAAGCUCCAUUCCAUCUGAACACAUUAGACAUGAACUUGAUGACCAAAAGGAUAAUAAAUGGAUUUUAUCCACCUAUACCUUCAGACAGUUACUCCAUUAAGAUCACAAAAUUUAUCGAUAGCUGCAUAAUAGUCAACCACAAGUUCAGGCCAAAAAUAUCAUAUGUACUGAGACAAGCACGAAGAGGAUUGGCUGAAUCACGAAACCACGUGCUUUGACUGUCUUAAAAAUUAUUAUAAUCAUAUAACCCUUCAAGUAUUAUUAUAAAUUUUAUAGUUUCUUUAGGAAAUUUAAAAAUAAUCAAGCGUCAAUACUACUUAUAUCUCUAAUAUUGUAUUAUGUAGUUAUGUAUUAACGUCUAAAGUAUCGCAGCAACAGAGCUCGAACAAUACAUAGUUGAAGAUUUCAAACUUAAUAAUACAAUACAAAUAUUUACAGUAGUAUUACAGUAGGUAGUUGUGCAUGAAUCUCAUUGCAUGAUUAUUUUUUUUAAAUUUUUUUUUUUAUAUUUAAUUUAUUUUUACAUAUUAUAUCAUAGGGCUAAACAAUAAAUAUACAACAAUUGAUUGACGAUUUUUUUCUUUUUACAUUAUUAAGAAUGAAAAUGGUUUCUAAAUUUUAUAAGCAUUUCGUAUAACAUUAAUCAAUAUCUUUGUAUAUAUAAAAUAAACAUAUACGUAUAAAUGUAUGCGUAGAAUAUAAAUACAUAACAGUUUUAUCCGCAAACCAAGGUAAUCGUUAUUAAUCAUAAAAUAAUACCUAAUAAUUAUUAUAAGUAGAAACAAAUUAUAGCUUUAUAAAAUUGAUGGUUAAUUUUAAAAAAAUUGUUCUUUAUUGUGCAUAUUAUGUAUAGUAUUACAUCAUGACAAAUAUGUCAUAUAUAUAUAUAUAUAUAUAUAUAUA